UAUGGAGAACCCCUAAUGGCAAAACAAUUGAGAUGGAUACGCAGUUCACCAUCAGAGCCAGAGAGCUGCAAAAUAUCUAUAAGUGCAUUAUGCUGAAAAAUAUCUCUCAAGAUGAGAGGCUGGAUGUGCUCUUAACUCUUAAACACACUGUAAAGGAACAUGAAUGUAAACUAACUCAGGAAAUUCUAGAAUUGAUUGACAGAGAGGUUGACCUUAUGAUGAGAGGAGUCAAACAUCAUAACCUUGAAGGACUCAGAAAAAGAAUUGCGACACUCUUUUUUCAUUAUAUCAAAACACCUCUGUUUAAUCCUGAAGUUGCAAAAUACCUUAAG